CUCUAGGUUAGAAAUUUUCCCAUCUCUCGCGAUGGAAGAAGGCGAUGUGAGAUGGGAGGAGCUGAGGCGCGAAGCUCGCAAGAUCGAAGGCGACCUCGAUGUCAAGCUCUCGUCCUACGCCAAGCUGGGAGGAAUGCUGGCGCACGGAGCUUGGUAGGGUAUGUGGAUUCUCCCUCCACCACAGACGGGCAUGGCGCCGGGGCCGGCGAUGUGGCCUACAAUUCCAUGGAGAUGGAAAUCGAGUCGCUGCUGGAGAAGCUCCUGGAUCUCAACGAUGCAAUGAGCCGCUGCGUCGCGUCGGCGACGUCGACGGCUUCGAUCAGCCAGAAGCUCGCGCGGCAUCGCGAUAUUCUCCACGAGCUCACCCAGGAAUUCCGAAGAACAAGAGGGAAUAUCAACUCCAUGCGAGAGCAUGCCGAUCUCUUGUCAUCGGUCCGGAGCGAGAUCAGUGAAUUCAAGGCCUCUGGGAAUGUUUCGCCGGGGCCAAGUCUACUCCGAGAGCGUGCUGCUAUCCACGGAAGCAUCUCCCAGAUCGACGAUGUCAUCGGCCAAGCUCAAGCGACCAAGGCCGCUCUCUCGUUCCAGAGGUCGACGUUUCUCGAGAUCCAGGGCAAGAUGAAGCAGCUCAGUGAUAGAUUUCCGAUCGUUCGAAGCCUUCUUGGUGCUAUCAAGAGAAAGCGUUCCAGAGAUACGUUGAUACUCUCGGCCGUGAUCGCAUUUUGCCUUCUCUUCUUGCUGAUUUACUGGAUGGCCAAGUGACAGGAGUUUUUUUCAAUGCUUUUGUCUAUAUAAGUUUCCAAGGCAAGCUCCUGGCUGAUAAUGCGAAAGCAUUGUUCCUCUACAA